GAGUACAGCACACACUCCAGCGUCGACGCAUACACCAAGUCGAAAGAUGCUCAGGCGCGAAAACCUGAUCCUAACUGCUGCUCUCCUCUGUUUGUAUUAUUAUCAAGGAUUCAUUCUCGGAGCGGCAUUCAUAUCGAGCUUUUACAUUGACCCGGAUUGCGAUGUUGGGCUUUGCCCAAUGUCAUACUUAUCCGCACUUUUUUUCCCGCUAGUUGGCUUAAUAUCAUUACUGGCGGGUGACAGGCUGGGUAGUAUUUACGGCACAAAAAGAGCAUUUGAGGUAGGAUGUCUAUGGUGGAUAAUAUGGACACUGGUGGGAGCCAUUUAUAGAAGACUCAAAAUAGUCAACAUCUGUCUCAGAAUGUCUUCGAUUGUGGGGUUAGAGGUUCUCAUAAAUGCACCGAAUGUGUCGGAAUUUUCUGCGGCGACAGUAUUUGAAGCCGUCUUUACUGGUGGCAUUUCUAUGCUCGGAGCUUACAGUGGAGGCCAAUCCUUACGGAAAAUAUCCUCAAUUGCCUCGAUACCUUUUGUUCACAGUGCGGUGUUAUCAGCGGUAGCAUUAUAUGUUGUUCAUAAUUAUGUUCCCGAUACUAGGCCAAAAUGUCAAAAUUCCAAGGUAGACUGGUUUGGAAUUAUCUUUGGGGCCCUGGGACUCAGUUUUAUGAACUUAACCCCAGAGUAGCGUUUCCGUUCUAUGUUGAAAGAAGAAGUCUAACGUGAAGUAGAUUCUUAUGUCGGCAUUCACUUUUCGAUCAACGAAAUGUCGCUAUUUACCUAUUAUUAUCUAUUUACUGGAGCAUAUAUGCGCUGGUGGAAAUGAAGUAUGUUGGCAAGCAUGCUCUAUUCCCAGCUACCCUCUGGCCAGACAUCAUAUUGUACAGUGUGCUGAUACUGGCCUGUACACACACCA